AUGACGGUGGGCACAGAAACACGGGAGGUCAGACACUUCUGGUUCUUGAACUGGCCUGAUUUCGGCGUGCCAGUCGAAGAUGAACUACUGACCUGUCUCAAGGACGUCAGACAGAUGUCAAGCGCUGGGGUGGGGCGUACGGGAACGUUCAUCCUUCUGGAUUGGGCCCUCCAGGUAUUGGAGCACGACAGCCACAUCAACCUCUUCCGCAUGGUCCGCGAGAUGAGGGAGAAUAGGUGCCGGAUGGUGCAGACGGAGUCCCAAUAUAUUUUCGCACACGACUGCAUCAAAACUGAGAUAGUGAGAAAUAAAGAGAGAGAAUCCGGUGGAAUUGAAGUCACUUACGUCAAUCAGUCAUUCAUACAGGAGCCAUUCUAUGAGAACUCAUCUUUUUUUGCCACGGCUUAA